UUUAAUGAGACUCCAUUGGAUUGUAAUCAGUGUCAUGUCGGAUUCAUGUAAACUACAACAUUGUAACAAAAUGGCGACUGUUUUAGGCAACAUCAGCAGCAGGCACCAGCAGUGCUCUUCGCAACCUCACUACUAAAUUUCAAGGUGUCCCAGUGGAAUUACAAAAUGUGUCUGUACACCAGCUCUUUGGUUGAUGAGCAUUCUGUCUAUUGAGGAAUUAUCUCUGAAUCGUUAUUCGUCUCCGUCACCAUACCUGGGAAUUACAUAAACAUGUCUUGAUGUUGCUCUGCAUCACUCAUCACUUGCAUUGUCCUGAGGAUGUUUUAACAGUCUCACGUCGUGGAGAAAGAGGACGGAAUUAGGCCUAUUUAUGGAUCGCUUUUUCCUACGCCAUACUGCGCAACCAUGGUAAAACUCGCCAACCCUCUGUACACGGAGUGGAUUUUAGAGGCAAUUCAGAAGAUCAAACGGCAAAAGCAGCGGCCUUCCGAGGAGCGGAUUUGCCACGCCGUUGCCACCUUGCACGGCUUGGACAAGAAGACCGUUCUCGAGCAGUUGGAAUUAGGUGUUCACGAUGGCGCCGUGCUCAAGGUUACCAACAAGGGCAGUGCCUCGUAUAAAGACCCGGGUCAUCCUGGACGUAUGGCCUCUGUCAACCACGGGUCAGCCCAGACUGCACCCCUGCAGACCACCAACAAUAAAGGAUCUACCUUGAGCUCUGGAGACCUGCGGCACAUCGACUGGAAUAAGGUCCUUCGGCGGGCCAUUGAGGGCUUGGAUGACUCGCAUGGCUCCUCACUGAAGAACAUCGAGCGCUACCUGAGGAACCAGGAGGACUUGGUCCACGUCAUCGCCAACCCUGCCUUCCAGCAGCGACUCCGACUGGCCGCCAAGCGGGCUGUGAGCAGCGGGCGCCUCCUGAAGAACGGGCCGCGUUACCGGCUCAGCAGCGCCAGUGACGCCGGGAGGGGAGCCGGCAUCCGCGGGGCCUGUGCCUCUGGGUCACCCACGCCGACCAUCACCCUGCUACCGCACGAGAGAGAUCAGACUCGGGCUGACCCCAUUCCCAUCUGCAGCUUCUGUCUGGGAACGAAGGAGACCAACCGGGACAAGCGGCCGGAGGACCUCCUGUCCUGUGCAGACUGUGGAAGCAGUGGCCACCCUUCAUGUCUGAAGUUCUCGCCUGAGCUGACGGCUAACGUGAAGGCCCUACGGUGGCAGUGUAUCGAGUGCAAGACGUGCAGUUCAUGUCGAAUACAGGGCAAAAAUGCGGACGAGAUGCUCUUCUGCGAUUCCUGCGAUCGGGGUUUCCACAUGGAGUGCUGCGACCCUCCAAUCUCUAGAAUGCCAAAAGGAACGUGGGUCUGUCAGGUGUGCAGGCCGAGGGGAGGCAGCAGGAUGCUGCUGCACCGAAAAGCCGAUCAGAUCCGACGGCGGUACGCAAAGCCCGUAGGCCGGCCGCGGAAGAAAUUCAAGCAAAGAAUGUCUGUUACCGGGGGCGAUGGCUCUGAGAUUGCGCUGGCAGGAAGGGGGUCACCUGGUAGGGGUCAAAAGAUCACCUUCUGUACCACACCCUCAUCUGCUCAUGCCGCCUCCGUGAAGGACACCCGAGGCAGACCGGCCACUGUAGACGCCCGCUGGGCAGCCACUGGCUCCCGCGUCACCUCCCCUCCUCCCCUCUCCUCCUCCUCCUCCUUCUCCUCCUCUUCCUCCUCCAGACCCCGUGGCCUCAUCGACGGCCUCACCAAGUUUUUCACUCCCUCCCCCCGGGGCCGGAGGUCGCGGUCCGACCUGGACGGUCCUGCGCACCACAUCCCUUCUCGAGACGACUGGCUUCCCCGGCGCCCCCGAGUGCCAGAGCCCGACUCCAUUGCUGCCCGCAGCUGCCACCGCUGCCUCUUCUUGCCCCCCGUCUCAGCCCCCCGACCCCGCACCCGGGCCCCCGGCUCCCCGCAGAGCUCGUCCAGCCAGUCGAGCGCCCCGUCCAUGGGCAGCCUCUCGGGCAGCAGUCAGCUCAAGGGCCUGUUUGACGGACUCUCCCACAUCUUCACCGCUCAGGGACAAUCGCGCAAAAAGGGACUCCCGUGCUACGCCGAGCCCCGGCGCGCGCACCGUAAGGCCCAGACCAACUCUGUGUCCCGCCCCCCACUCCCACUCCCACUCCCAGAACCCCAACCCCCCCAGGCUCUAGGACCGAGGCCAAGCACCGUAAAGAGCAGACCUGCCUCCCACCCCUUGCCCCGUGUCCGGCCCUUUAAGGUGGUCAGCCAUUUUCGACGUAGCGCCUUCCUGAAAAAACACCGUUUGCUAGGCAGGUUAAAAUAUAAAGUGUCCGCUCUGAAGGGGGGCCCCUCGCCGGCAAAGGGCAGCAUGACCAGCGGACGAGUUAAACCCGAGAGCCUCGAUGGUAAGCAACGACCAGGGCGAGAGCGGCAGCCGCAGCCACUGCCGCCGGUGGCCGUGGCCAGAGAGCACGUGACUGAGGAGGACGUGGAGAUCUUCAGGCGGGUCCAGGAGAUCUCCGCACAGAGAACGGGAAGUAUGAACAGCACCGACUCCUCGUGCCGUAGCCCUGCGGUCAUCGAGUUUGGAAAGUACGACAUUCAAACGUGGUACUCCUCACCUUAUCCACCUGAAUACUCCCGGUUACACAAGCUCUACCUAUGUGAGUUCUGUCUGAAGUACAUGCGGAGCAAGAACAUCCUGCAGCGGCACGUCAAGAAGUGCAUCUGGGUCCACCCGCCCGCCAAUGAGAUCUACCGCAAGGCUGACCUCUCAGUGUUCGAGGUUGAUGGCAACGUGAGCAAGAUCUAUUGCCAAAACCUCUGCCUGCUCGCCAAGCUUUUCCUGGACCACAAGACGCUAUAUUACGAUGUGGAGCCUUUUCUCUUCUACGUUCUCACAAAAAAUGAUGAAAAAGGCUGUCAUCUCGUUGGCUAUUUCUCAAAGGAAAAGCUUUGCCAGCAGAAGUACAAUGUCUCCUGCAUAAUGAUCAUGCCCCAGUACCAAAGGCAGGGCUUCGGCCGCUUCCUCAUUGAUUUCAGUUACCUUCUCUCGCGGCGGGAAGGACAGGCAGGCUCCCCGGAGAAGCCGCUAUCAGAUCUGGGCCGCCUGUCCUACGUGGCCUACUGGCGCAGCGUGCUGCUGGAGCAGCUGGCCGCGUUGGCUGACCGAUGCCUCAGCGUCAAGGGCCUGAGUCGCGCCACGGGCAUGUGCCCGCACGACAUUGCUGCCACGCUACAGCAGCUCAACAUGAUCGACAGGCGCCACGGCAGGUUUGUGAUUGUACGGCGAGAUGACCUAAUCCAUGAACACAUGGAGCGACUGAGAGCUUGCCCACGGGUCAAUGAGGUCGACCCCGCCUACCUGCGUUGGUCGCCCACGGUUACAGUGAACGCCGUGCUGUCAGAGGAAGAACGUGAGGCAGAGAUGGAUGCGGAGCGGCUGACUGCUCGAGCCAGCUGCUGGGAGAAGGAGGAGAGGGACGUCUUCGGCGGCCACAGCCAUGUCGGCCGCCGGCCUCUGGCCAAAGUGCGCUGCAAAAACCCGCACCGGUCCUCCGCUCACCGCUCGUCCACACACGACAGCGAGGAUGACGACAGUGAUGAUUACGAGGAUGAAGACGACGAUGAUGAUGACGAUGAGGUGGAGGAGGAUGAAGAGUAUGAUAGUUCUCCACCCAUCCUUACCAAGGCGCAGGCCAUGUUUGGGGGCAAGAGGAAGAAACCCAUUGCCCUCAAGAAGAAGCGUGGCCGCAAGCGCAAACGCAUCAACAGCAGCGUCACCACGGAGACCAUCUCCGAGACGACGGAGGUCCUGAACGAGCCCUUCGAGAACUCAGAGGACGAGAGGCCCAUGCCGCUCUUGGAGCGCUCGGCGCGGUUAGGAGACAUGAGCGAAGAAGAAGAGGAGGAGGAGGAGGAGGUGAAGCUACACCGCAGAGACGAAGAGAUGGAGACUCUCAUCGUACGUCCGGCCAAGAGACGCAGGGGUCGGCCGAGGCUGGUGAAGAGUGAGGAGCGCGACAAUCGGAAUGAAGGUUCUGAUGUCCCAAAGAAAGUGGGGAACCCCCGCCCGGUCAAGCGCAAGAAGGGCUGGCCGAAAGGCGUCAAGCGUGGCCCCCCGAAGUGGCGGCUGAAGAAGGAGUGUAAGAUGGGCUUCAAGCUCAACCUCUACACUCCACCUGAGACACCCCUGGAGGCGGACCACCACAUCCCCGCUGAGGACCCCCGGGUUGGGGGUGGAGUCGCUGGGGGCCAUGACCUGCUGGAGCCCCCGACCAUCACGGAGGAGGCCAGCGAGACCGGCAUGGGCCCGGGGUCAGUGGGGACUGACACGGAGGCGGGCAGGGUGCGCUCGGAGCCCCAGAGCCCGGACCGGCCCCUUGUCAGUCAGCCAGGAUCACCGGAGGAAUCGCCGGACCAGGAGGACGAGCUCCAGCAGUCUGUGGCUUCACCAGAGCAAGAGCAGGAGGAUGAAGAGAAUGACAUGGAGGAUGAUGAUGAUGAGGAAGAGGAGGAUGAUGAAGAUGACGAAGAAGAAGAGGAGGAGGAGGUGGUGGCAGAACGGAUAGAUGUGUCCGCCCGGGUUACAGCAGAGCGAGGAGUAGAGGAGGAGGAGGAGGAGGAAGAGGAUGAUCGUGAGGAUGAGGAGGAUAAUGAGGAAGAGGAGCAGCAGCCCAGUCGUGUGGAGGAGCAGGAUCGGGACGCCGAUGACGAAGACGACAGUCACAACGACUCCGCUUUGGUGGAGAAAGAACAGGUACCGGCCGAGGAGAGCAGUCCGAAGGAGUCCGCAGACUACGCUCAAGAUUUUUUAGCUCCCAGCGAGCAGAGCAGCCCAGUCCCUCCUCCCGAGGAACCAGUCGUUCCCACCAGCACGGCAGCCUCCCCCUGCAGCAGUCCUGGUAUUCCAGAGCCAGAUGAGCCAGCAAUAUCCAACUUUGAGCCACCUGCGGAAUCUGAACCAGAUGACGAAGAAGAGGAGGAGGAGGAGGAAGAGUUGGCGAGCCAGCCAGGUUGUAAUGCACCUCAGCUUGAGGAACUCGAGCGGCCCCCGCCUAGUCCCCCGAUGCAGGAGAAUCCCCCCUCCGUCUGCCCGGAGACAGACUCGGAGACGGCGCAGGCGGUGCAGUCACUGACCCAGGAGGCCGAUCGUCAGGAGGAGAGCGGAUUGUACGCCGACUGCGUGGAGACACAGGAAGCCUGCCACACGCUGCAGACGUACGCGCAGCUGGAGCGCAGCGGAGGUGGUGGCGGCGGCAGCAGCCCUGCACCUGCCUCGGCUCACGCCGCGGCGCUGGACGACUACUCGCAGUCGGAGCGCAGCAGCCCCAUGUCCUCCGUCCCUUCCUCCCACCCCAGCCAAUCGGUGCGCUCCGCUUGCAGCCCUGCCAUCACCAUCCUGGAAACUGCCAGCUACACCCAGAUAAGUCCCGAGCAACAGGGAGGUGGAGGCGGCAACGCUGGUGGUGGUACCAUAUCUGUCCCCUCCCUGGCUAUGGAAACUAGCCCCAUGAUGGACCUGCCGUCGGUGUCGGACCACUCGCAGCAGGUGGUGGACAGCGGCUUCAGCGACCUGGGCAGCAUCGAGAGCACCACGGAGAACUACGAGAACCCCAGCAGUUACGACUCGUCGCUGGGCGGGGGAGCAGGGGCCGCGGGAGGAGGAGGCGGCCCAACGUCCGGUCCGGGGGGCCCGAACCAGAGCAGCUGUUCGUACGGUGGCCUGGGGCCUAACGGUAGCUGUGCAGUGAGCCAGCAGAUGGCUGGCCUCAUGCAGCAGCAGCAGCAGCAGCAGCCCGGCAGCACCCUGAGCUCGCCACAGCACUGCAUCAGCAGCGUGAAGUCGCCGCAGGGCUGCGUGGUGGUGGUGGAGCGGCCGCCCAGUAACAGCCAGCACGGCCCGCACCACGCAGGACACCCCCAGCACGGCCCGCACGCUGGGCAACAUCCGCAGCACGGCCACGGGGGACCGCUCGGGCACGGGCAUGGCCAGCACACUUCGCACAGUCACCUUAGCCAACAUGGACAGCUCCACCCAUCGCACCCUCAGCACCCGCACCACCCACAACACGUGGUUCACAACCCACAUGCCCCACAUCCGCACCCGUCUCAGACCCAACACGGCCAACAUGGCUCCCACGGUCAGCACCCCCAGCUUGUCCAGCAUGGUCAGCACGGUCCACAGCAACAGCAGCAGCAGCAAGUGCUCCAUGCUCCACACCCGACGCAGACCCAGCACGGUGGGGUGCACGGACAGCAACACAUGCCGACGCGGGGGGCGGCUCAACACGGUCAGCUCGCUCACCACCACCACCACACUCAUGGGUCGCCCCAGACUCCGCACCGGCAGCACGCCGCGGCUGCUGCCGCUCUGAGCCAGCACGCUCAGCAGCACUCCUCCGCCCAGCACGCGGCGGCAGCGGCAGCAGCCGCCCACGCCCAACGUGCCCAACACGGCCCCGUGCUUAGCCAUGGGCACGUGCACGGGCACAGCCACGGGCAGCACAGUCUCCAUCACCACCCCCAGCAGCAGUGCGGCCUGUCCUCCAGCUUCUCCAGCCCCAUGCAGCUGGCCGAGAUGUCCGGGGACUCCGGGGGCCCCCACCCGCCUCGCCCCAGCCUGAGCCUGUACGAGCGCAUGGCCGCGCCCGGCGAGUACAGCGCCCCCUAUGGACAGCCGUCGGCCACGUUCAGCCUGGCCAAGCUGCAGCAGCUCACUAACACGUUGAUGGAGCACCCGUUCAGCCACGCCACGGCGCCUCCGCACCCCAUCGGCUCCUAUGCAAGCAGCGGCCCCACGCUCUCCUCGCAGCUCGGGCACGGUCACGGGCACGGCGCUCCCCCGAGUAGCGGCGGGCCCCCUCAGCCCCAGGCGCCCCCCACGCCCAACCUCACCCCGCCUCCCAUAAUGCUCCAGCGAAACAUGGCCGCCGCUGCUGCAGCAGCGGCAGCUGGCAUGGGCCUUCCGUCAUCGCAGAGGAUCCAGACGCAGGUGGGCGGCGGGGGCAGCAGUGGUGGUAGCGGUGGCGCUUCUGCAUCCUCCUCUGCUAAGAGUCACGCAAGCGCCCGGUCAAAGUCUACCCCGUUGGCACACCCCCCUCACCCGGCUUCGCACCACCAUGCACCCCCCCACGCUCAUGCCCAUGCGCACGCCCACCCUCACCCCCAUGCCCACCCCCAUCACCACCACCAGCAGCAACAGCAGGUGUCUGUGCCCAUGCAGGCGCCUAGCGGUACGCUGACGGCCAUGCCGCGGCACGUCAACAUGGGCAUGAACAUUGCCGCCUACAACUCCAUGAACUCCAUGAACGUAUCGACGCUCAACAGCAUGAACAGCUACCGCGUGAGCCAGCCCAUGAUGAACAGCGGUUACCACAGCAACCACGCCUACAUGAACCAGUCGCCGCAGUACCCUAUGCAGAUGGGCAUGAUGGGUGGUCAGCCCUACCCGCAGCAGACAAUGCAGGCCCCGCCGCCGCCACAUGGCAACGUGAUGUACUCUGCCGCGGCGGCCGCUGCCGGUCACCACGGUUACAUGACCACGGGCAUAGCCAAACAGUCUCUCAAAGGAUCUUUCAUGAGGCGGUAGCUGAAGCCUACUCAGACACACACAUACGCACGCACGCACGCACACACACAUGCAGAGACAGACAUACAGACACACACACGUCCAUAUGGUCUUGAGAUGCACUGCUUUUGCCUUUCUGUUUGUCUCUGAGUCGUUACCCGUUGAAGUUACUGAAAAACCAGCACUUGGCAGGAAUGCAAAAAUUUCAAAUCAACAGUAAAUAAAUAAAUAAAUAAAAAAAAAUUAAGAUUAAACAGAGAAAGUUAUUUUUGACAUUAGAAAAGCAUUUGUGCUAUUAUUUCUUUCUUCUGAAAAGAAAUUGGAAGCCUUACUUAAUAAAAAGCUAAUAAUGGUAAUAAAAAUAAAAAAAAAUUAAUAGCCUUCUGGGGGGGGAUUGGGACUUGAGGGGGCUGGUGUUGGCCAGUUUCGACCCCCGUCCCAUCCCCUCAGGGGCACAACCGUCUCAUAGCAGCUUCCUAGAAGCCAUGAAAUGUGCCUGCUGCGGACGGAGCGAUCGGACAUCAUGGCCUUUUCCAGCCGACCUGUCAAACAGUGCUGAAAAGUCCGUUUGUACCAUAAUCUUUUUGCCUUUGUACAUUUAAAUUAUUCAGACUUAUUUUGCAAAGUGACGAUUAGCAUGCUACAGAGUCUAUGUUAGUGACAGUGCAUUCAAAGUAGUACUGUACGAGUGUCGUGCUUAAUAGCAAGCCAUUUUUAAAAUGUUGGGCCUUCACGAGGUUUCCCUGGUCCGGGGAAAGAAGAUGACAAAUUAUAUUUUGUUAAUUCUGAUACUGUACAAAAAAGAAAAUGCCCCUGUAAACUUGGUCCUUGUUUUUUUGUUUUGUUUUCGUUCUUGCUUUUUUUUGUGUUUGAAAGGUUUUAUUGAUAUGUACUGUAUGUAUAAUUCUGAACUCUUUUUGUAACAAAUUUCUUCACGGCAGCUUUCUGUUUUAUAAUGCAGACUGAUGUGUCAGAGUAAUAAAAAACACAUAUAUUUCAGAGUUUGUACCCAGUUCAAUUCCAAAACAUUUCGAAAUGUAGACAGAUCUCACGAAACGAAAGUAAAUGAAUAUAAUAUAGAGACCUAAUUUAGUCCAAAGUUGAUAUUUUACAAAAAAAUGCCUUGGAAUUUACACUUUCAUUCCAUGUGUAGAUUUGUUUUCUAUCUUUAUAAAAUAAUGUUGGAUUUCUAUUUUACAUAAAUGUGGUGUAGAGCCUGUGAAUAGACCAAACGGAAGCUAACAGACAACUGCAUGUAAAAAGCGACUUGUAUUUGUGUUGUUUAGAUCACUCUUUUUGUAGCCUUUGUACCAAUACAGAGUGACUGGUACCAUGGCAACGGAGACAGAGGGUCGGGGUGGGCAAUCCUGGUUAUAUGUACAGAUAACGACGCAACGACAAGUCAUGUAUUUAUGAGUUAUCACUUAGUCAGUCGAAUAAAAAGCAAAAUGCUGUACAUUUUAGCGUAAAAUAAAUUAUGAUCAACCAUGCA